GCAGAGAGCCAACGGAGAGUUGACAGGAACAACAUCACCGCUCUGAGCACACAUUAUUUAUGGGAAAGCAUUACCUCACUUAACGAGAAAACCCUCUGCUUAUUGCGCUAGCGGCUGACAGUUAAUUCACAAGAUCGGCUCUACAACAACGACAUGAACCAUCUGUGACAUUCAGUAUGUUAGCCUAUUGGACUUGAACAGGUUGAAGACGACUUAAGAGGCUGCUUUGUCAGUCAGAGCUUGAACCCACAGUAGGGUAAGACAUGGGGAACACAGCGACCAAGUUCCGUAAGGCUCUCAUCAAUGGCGAUGAGGUGUUGGCCUGCCAAUUGUACGAGAGCAACCUGCAGUUCAAGGAGGCUCUGGAUCCCAACUCUACAUAUGGAGAGUCCUACCAGCACAACACUCCACUACACUAUGCUGCCCGGCACGCCAUGACACGCCUACUCAGGUCUUUUCUCCUAAGCAAAGAUGGGAAUCCUAACAAGCGAAAUGUGCACAAUGAGACAUCUCUGCACCUUCUCUGCAUGGGGCCCCAGAUCCUGACCUCAGAGGGGGCGCUGCAACCUCGGAUUUCACGGCCAUAUGAAGACGAACAGCGUCGGGCAGAGUGUCUCCAAAUCAUCCUGGCAUGGACCGGAGCAAAGCUGGAUCAUGGAGAGUAUGAGAGAGCUGAUGUCAAUGCCACUGACAACAAGAAAAAUACCUGCCUGCACUAUGCUGCUGCCUCAGGCAUGAAGAUCUGUGUUGGGUUCUUGGUGCAGAAAGAAGCGGACCUUUUUGCGGAGAACGAAAACCGCGAGACUCCAUGUGACUGUGCAGAGAAGCAGCACCACAAGGAUCUGGCCCUGUGCCUGGAGUCACAGAUGGUCUUCUCUCUUGCCCCCGAGGCAGAGGGUAUAGAGGCAGAGUACGCAGCCCUUGACCGAAGAGAGCUGUAUGAGGGCCUGCGACCUCAGGAUCUACGGAGGCUGAAGGACAUGCUGAUAGUGGAGACAGCCGACAUGUUGCAGGCCCCACUCUUCACUGCAGAGGCACUUCUACGUGCCCAUGAUUGGGACAGAGAGAAGCUCUUAGAGGCUUGGAUGACCAAUGCGGAGGAAUGCUGUCAACGCUCAGGGGUACAGAUGCCCAACCCACCUCCAAGUGGCUAUAAUGCCUGGGACACCUUGCCCUCGCCACGGACGCCACGCACCACCCGCUCCUCCAUUACCUCCCCAGACCAAAUCAGCCUCAUCCCUGCUGAUGAGGAGUCUUCUCUGUGUGGUAUCUGCAUGUCUUCCAUCUCUGUCUUCGAGGAACCUGUUGACAUGUCCUGUGGCCACGAGUUUUGCAGAGCAUGCUGGGAGGGGUUUCUCAAUCUAAAGAUCCAAGAGGGUGAAGCCCACAACAUCUUCUGCCCAGCCUUCGACUGCUAUCAGCUAGUCCCUGUGGAAGUCAUAGAGAGUGUGGUCUCUCGAGAGAUGGACAAGCGCUUCCUCCAGUUUGACAUCAAGGCAUUUGUGGAGAACAAUCCAGCAAUCCGCUGGUGUCCCCAGGCAGGGUGUGAACGGGCAGUGCGACUGAACAACCAGGGCCCUGGAGCAUCCACCGCUGACACUCUUAGCUUUCCCCUACUUAGGGCCCCUGCGGUAGAUUGUGGCAAGGGCCACCUCUUCUGCUGGGAGUGUCAAGGUGAAGCCCAUGAGCCUUGUGACUGUGAGAUCUGGAAGUUGUGGCUACAGAAAGUCUCUGAGAUGAGACCUGAGGAAUUGGCUGGUGUGAGUGAAGCUUACGAGGAUGCGGCCAACUGCUUAUGGUUGCUCACUAACUCCAAACCCUGCGCCAACUGCAAGUCCCCAAUACAGAAAAAUGAGGGCUGCAACCACAUGCAGUGUGCUAAGUGUAAGUAUGACUUCUGCUGGAUCUGUCUGGAGGAGUGGAAAAAGCAUAGCUCAUCUACAGGAGGCUACUAUCGCUGCACCCGCUACGAAGUCAUCCAACAGGUGGAGGAGCAGUCCAAAGAGAUGACUGAAGAGGCAGAGAAGAAGCACAAGAGCUUUCAGGAACUCGACCGCUUCAUGCACUACUACACACGCUUCAAGAACCAUGAGCACAGCUAUCAGCUGGAGCAGCGCCUGUUAAAAACAGCCAAAGAGAAGAUGGAACAGCUCAGUCGAGCCCUGAGUGGAAGGGAAGGAGGCCCACCUGACACUACAUUUAUUGAAGAUGCAGUCCUGGAGCUACUAAAGACUCGCCGCAUCCUCAAGUGCUCUUAUCCUUAUGGGUUUUUUCUGGAGCCCAAAAGCACAAAGAAAGAGAUCUACGAGCUUAUGCAGACGGACUUGGAGAUGGUGACUGAGGACCUAGCACAAAAGGUUAACCGACCUUACCUGCGGACCCCACGCCACAAGAUCAUCCGUGCGGCAUGUCUGGUUCAGCAGAAGAGACAGGAGUUCCUAGCCUCAGUAGCGAGGGGAGUGGCCCCCAAUGACUCUCCUGAUGCCCCCAGGCGCAGUUUUGCUGGUGGAACGUGGGACUGGGAAUAUUUAGGCUUUGCAUCACCCGAGGAGUAUGCAGAGUUCCAGUACAGAAGGAGACAUAGACAGCGGAGGCGAGGUGACAUGUCCAGUCUCCGUAGUAACACACCUGACCCUGAUGACCCCAGCGACAGCACUUCAGACACACAGGAUGUUGGAGGUGGACGGAGACAAGGUCCUCUGAUGGGUCUUGGUUCUUUGGAUGACGAUGAUCCUAACAUUCUGCUGGCCAUUCAGCUGUCACUCCAAGACUCGGGGAUGGCAGGGGGCGGAUCCAAUCAUGAGGUCCUUGCCAACGAAGCAUCACUCGGUGCUAUUGGCACAUCCCUGCCUUCUAGGCUUGAACAGAGUGCUCCAGGUGUAGAGGUCCUCUCCAGGGUUUCCUUAAGCAGCUCAGAACUGCUGGAGCUGGGAGAUAACUUGGCGAGACUUGGCAACAUCAACAUCAGCAGCCAGUACUCUGCUGCUGGUGUUUCCACCUCUGUACAGCACUGUGACAGUCACCACCGGGCCUACGGGGCCUCUGUGCCAAUACCAGUGGCUCCAGGAGGCAGCAACUCAUCAACUGGCCUCUUCUCCUCCUCCAGUGACACGAUAGACUCAACCACAUGCGGCAGCCACGACCCAUCCUCUUCCUCUGCAUUAGCAGCAAAUGCUAACCUGCUUGGCAACAUCAUGGCUUGGUUCCACGACAUGAACCCUCAAGGUAUCACCCUGGUCCCCUCAACAUCCUCCGACACCGACACUAACCUGGAUGCACUCCAUGGAAGUGGAGAAGGGUGCCUGCAUGAUGAAGAGAAAGCUGGGGUCGUUGUCCUCCCUGAAAACAGGAAACCUCAUGAAGUGAUGGCAGAUGUGGGUUUUUGCUCUCAGAGGCUGACUGACAUGGAGGAAAAGGAGUGUGCUGUCGCUGAGAGACCGACCCAGCUCGAUCUAGUGGGGUUGGACACCAUGCCACUACCUUACAUGUCCACCCUUGACACAACCGGAGACCAUGCUGAGCGGGGAGGCUCGAAGGUCUGCCAUGUUGACACUCCACGAUGUGACUCUGUAUCUGACCAGUUGCCCAGCACCAGCUCCUCCGAGUGGGAAGAUCAAGUGCACUUGGUAUGAUCUGACUGGCAGAAAUGGGUAGGAGAUUUCUUUGGAAGGCCAAAAACCACUAUAGAUAACAAAUGAAAUAGAGCUGAUAUGUGUAGCAGCUAUACAGGUGGAAUGUAUAUAGAAUGAAGAAUGUGUCACUUUGUACCUGGUUGGAAAGUGGAGGGAGAAUUAUUUAGCGUAACAUUGCAGUCAGAUCUGUUUCAUGCAUUUAACUGUACUGUUAGCUGCCCCCCAACAACCUGAAAAGAAAGCACUAACUGAUGGAGAGAUUACGUUUGAUAACAAUUUUCAAGGAUAUAGUUCCUAAAAUGGAUUCUGCGCUUACGGAAAUAUGAGUAAGUUUCUUUUUCUGAAAUCAAUUACAGAGGGAUUGAUAGAGUUAGAGACUAGUGUAGGUUUUUUUUUUCCACUGGAGUAAAAGCCUACUGUAUGUGUUUGGAUCAGGUCUGAGAGAGGAUUUUCACUGCAUCUAGCGUGCAGAUUAAUAUUUUGUUUCAAUAUUCAAUUUGUAGGGUACAGGCUGAGGAAUAGUUCUCUCGCUCUUGUCCAUAUCUGCCUACUUUAUGGGUGCCAAACACUGACUAGCAAAAGCACAGUUUGCAGUCACCAAGUGGAUUCUUCAAAGCAAAUUGUGCCUGCUUAUUACAAUCUCAACAACUCAGCUAAACUUCAAUGUGAAAGUGUCGAGCCAUAUUUUUAUUUCAGAUUUCAGCUGAGUGAUAUUUUCAAAUCUCACUAAAGGCUGUAGUGUGCUGUGUAAAUCUGUAGUUUAAGACCAUUAUGGUUGUGUAUUUUACUAUGUGAAACAUUCACACUCAACACAAUUUUGAUUAAUUAUUCAAAUGAAAAGUAGGUGACCUGCUUGAAAACAUUUCAAAACGGGCUUAACAAUGGAUAUUCAUCUCAAAGCCUCAAUCCUAACAUACUUGCAAUAGCAAAUGUCUGCUGAGCUUCAAACACAACAAAUGCUGACAGACCCAGAGGCGCCGCUGAAUAUCAUUCAGUUCACACCUUUGUAACAGCAUAUUCUGAGUUCCAUUGUAGCUUGUCUUAAAUUAAUGCUUUGAGUACUGCAGCUGAAUGUGGAGCGUCUCCAAAAGGCAUGACAGACUAAGCAGACAGCGAGUAGUCUUGUUCAUGUACUGCAGGAAAGGCCAGUGAGGGAGAUAAUCAGGCAAUCACAUUCAGACUUUGGUGAAUUAAUUAAUCAAGCCCAAGUCACUGUAAUUUAUCUCGGGGUCCUAUUUAAGUGUAAUAUAAGAAAAGCCUUCAUAGCGCUGUGCAGAUGUCCCGGACUGCAGGGUAUUGCAUGGAGAAAUCAUGAAUGUGUAUUGCAUCUCAAACACAUGGGGAGUCCAUGUCUUUGAAACAGUUCUCUACACAGUUAGAGAUACAGUGCCUUUAUGUCAAUCACCGUUAUUUAAUUCUUUUUCACUAUUUUUUUUUUUCCUGAUUUUUACACAGUAUUUACAGUGUAAACAAAACAAACACCUGUUACCUUAAAGUUAUUUCUCUCACAUAAAGUUUAUAGUGUGCAAACAUGGGCUCUUGAUUUUUCAUUUUCAUCAAAAUAUUUGUAGCAUGAGACUUUUUUGUUGGUUCUAGUAGUAUUAUGUUAAUGGGUAACACUGAAUUAAUAUGAUUUGGUAUAACAACUAACGAUUAUUGUCAUACUUUCUAAUCUUGUUCCAAAAUAUUUUUUAAGAAGGUUUUAUUUCUCUCAUAUUUGUGCUGUGGGGCUUCAUGGCCCUGCUCCUUCUGAAACCGUUGGUUCUUCUGUGGUUUAGAAAUUAAAAUCACUGUAUUGACUUUGGAAUGAGUUGACCUACUGUAUGUGUACCAUGUAUCUUACCUGAAGACACUAAAAUGGAGGAAAGUUGCAAUAUAAAGUAGAUAUUUAUUUGACAUAAAAUCAUAAAAAUCCAUAGAAUAAAAUGGAUUGUGAAUAACCAUCAUGAAUUGAAACGCACUGAUCAGUGUUUUACCACUAAGACUUAAUUCUGACUGACUUGUAAUUAUCUUUUCAUUCUAGCAGACGAACAGAGCCACAUUAAGUCUAAAGAUAGUGACUGCUUUGACAAGUGUCUUGAAGUUGUGAAACUGUGAGUGCCAUAUGGUUAAUGGAGCCAACUUUGUUGGAGGUGGUAAGAUGGUUUAACAGAGGAGUUAACAUAUAUUGCCCUUUUUGUGUAACAGUAUGCUGUGCAUGAAAUGGGUACAAGUCAAAAUGGAAUUUGUACUUCCUUUGUAUUUCACCUCUAAUGCCCAGGUGAUUUAUUUUAAAAUGGCAUAUAACAUUUUGUAACUCAUUGAGAUUUUCUAAUGUAAAGCGACUAAUCCUUGAAAUGCUAUUUGCACUUUCAUAGUCUAUACUUGAUACAUUCCCUCUUUAUAUGAAAAAUGUUUGAUGUGUGAUGCCAAUAAACUGUGUUGAGUUUCAAUGAAUACA